GCAUUUCCCAGCAUUCCUGGAGACGGCGGCCGUAAAGCGCGACGGUCGAACGGCCGGUUCCGGCUGAAUGUCAGUGCGGAGCUGUGGGCUGGGGAGGAAGGUGGUUGGCGGUCCCUCCACCGCCUCCGCUGCCUCCUCCGCUUGUGCUGCUGCCGCGGGUGCUGGGCCGCUCGGCCAGUCGGGCAUGAGACGGUGAGGCCAGCGACGAACCGGGACCGCCGACAUGUUUGGCCGCUCGCGGAGCUGGGUGGGCGGGGGCCAUGGCAAGUCCUCCCGCAACAUCCACUCCUUGGACCACCUCAAGUAUCUGUACCAUGUUUUGACCAAAAACACCACAGUCACAGAACAGAACCGGAACCUGCUAGUGGAGACCAUCCGCUCCAUUACUGAGAUCCUGAUUUGGGGGGAUCAAAAUGACAGUUCUGUAUUUGACUUUUUCCUGGAGAAGAAUAUGUUUGUUUUCUUUUUGAACAUCCUGCGGCAGAAAUCGGGCCGUUACGUGUGUGUUCAGCUGCUUCAGACCUUGAACAUCCUCUUUGAGAAUAUCAGUCAUGAGACGUCACUUUAUUAUUUACUCUCUAAUAACUACGUAAAUUCUAUCAUCGUCCAUAAAUUUGACUUUUCUGACGAGGAGAUUAUGGCAUAUUAUAUAUCGUUCCUGAAAACACUUUCAUUAAAACUGAAUAACCACACUGUCCAUUUCUUUUACAAUGAGCACACCAAUGACUUUGCCCUGUACACAGAAGCCAUCAAAUUUUUCAAUCACCCUGAAAGCAUGGUUAGAAUCGCUGUAAGAACCAUAACUUUGAAUGUCUAUAAAGUGGAUAACCAGGCCAUGUUACACUAUAUCAGAGAUAAAACUGCUGUCCCUUACUUCUCCAAUUUGGUCUGGUUCAUCGGGAGUCACGUGAUCGAGCUUGAUAACUGUGUACAGACUGAUGAGGAGCACCGGAAUCGGGGGAAACUGAGCGACCUGGUGGCUGAGCACCUGGACCACCUACACUAUCUCAAUGACAUCCUGAUCAUCAACUGUGAGUUCCUCAAUGAUGUGCUCACAGACCACUUGCUGAACAGGCUCUUCCUGCCCCUCUACGUGUACUCUCUGGAGAACCAGGACAAGGGAGGAGAACGACCGAAAAUCAGCCUGCCGGUGUCCCUCUAUCUUCUGUCACAGGUGUUCCUAAUUAUACACCAUGCACCGCUAGUGAACUCAUUAGCUGAUGUCAUCCUGAAUGGUGAUCUGUCUGAGAUGUAUGCUAAGACUGAACAGGAUGUUCAGAGAAAUUCUGCUAAGCCCAGCAUUCGGUGCUUCAUUAAACCCACUGAGACGCUAGAGCGGUCCCUUGAGAUGAAUAAGCACAAGGGCAAGAGGCGGGUGCAGAAGAGACCGAACUACAAAAAUGUUGGGGAAGAAGAAGAUGAGGAGAAAGGGCCUGCUGAGGAUGCCCAGGAAGAUGCCGAGAAGGCUAAAGGUACAGAGGGUGGUUCCAAAGGCGUCAAGACAAGUGGGGAGAAUGAAGAGAUUGAGAUGGUGAUCAUGGAACGCAGCAAGCUCUCGGAGCUGGCCGCCAGCACCUCUGUGCAGGAACAGAACACCACUGAUGAGGAGAAGAGUGCUGCAGCCACCAGCUAUGAGAGUGCGCAGUGGAGCAGACCCUUCCUGGAUAUGGUGUACCAUGCCCUGGACAGCCCAGAUGAUGAUUACCAUGCCCUCUUUGUCCUCUGCCUCCUCUACGCCAUGUCUCAUAAUAAAGGCAUGGAUCCUGAGAAAUUAGAGCGAAUCCAGCUCCCAGUGCCAAAUGCAGCCGAGAAGACCACUUACAACCACCUCCUGGCCGAGAGACUCAUCAGGAUCAUGAACAACGCUGCCCAGCCAGAUGGGAAGAUCCGGCUGGCGACCCUGGAGCUCAGCUGCUUGCUCCUGAAGCAGCAAGUCCUGACCAGCUCCGGCUGCAUCAUCAAAGACGUGCACCUGGCCUGCCUGGAGGGGGCAAGAGAAGAAAGCGUUCACCUUGUUCGACAUUUUUAUAAGGGAGAAGAAAUCUUUUUGGACAUGUUUGAAGAUGAGUACCGGAGCAUGACAAUGAAGCCCAUGAAUGUGGAAUAUCUCAUGAUGGACGCCUCCAUCCUGCUUCCUCCAACAGGCACGCCGCUAACGGGCAUUGACUUUGUGAAGCGGCUGCCAUGUGGUGACGUGGAGAAGACCCGGCGGGCCAUCCGGGUUUUCUUCAUGCUGCGUUCCCUGUCACUGCAGCUGCGAGGGGAGCCUGAGACCCAGUUGCCGCUGACUCGGGAGGAGGACCUGAUCAAAACGGAUGAUGUCUUAGAUCUGAAUAAUAGUGACUUGAUUGCGUGCACGGUGAUCACCAAGGAUGGAGGCAUGGUCCAGCGAUUCCUAGCUGUUGAUAUUUACCAGAUGAGUUUGGUGGAGCCUGAUGUGUCCCGGCUUGGCUGGGGAGUGGUCAAGUUUGCAGGCCUUCUGCAGGACAUGCAAGUGACUGGUGUGGAUGAUGACAGCCGUGCCCUGAACAUCACCAUCCACAAGCCUGCAUCCAGCCCCCACUCCAAGCCCUUCCCCAUCCUCCAGGCUACCUUCAUCUUCUCAGACCAUAUCCGCUGCAUCAUCGCCAAGCAGCGCCUGGCCAAGGGUCGCAUCCAGGCGAGACGCAUGAAGAUGCAGAGGAUAGCUGCUCUUCUGGACCUCCCAAUCCAGCCAACAACCGAAGUCCUGGGGUUUGGACUCGGCUCCUCCUCUUCCACCCAGCACCUGCCUUUCCGCUUCUACGACCAGGGCCGCCGGGGGAGCAAUGAUCCCACAGUGCAGCGCUCUGUGUUCGCAUCCGUGGACAAGGUACCAGGCUUCGCCGUGGCCCAGUGCAUUAAUCAGCACAGCUCUCCAACCCUAUCCUCACAGUCACUGCCAUCUGCCGGCGGGAGCCCCAGUGGCAGUGGGAGCACCAGCCACUGUGACUCAGGAGGUGCCAGCUCGUCCUCUACUUCCUCCACAGCCCAGAGCCCAGCAGAUGCUCCCACAACUCCGGAACAGCCUCACCUUCCUGACCAGUUGGUGAUCGUAAGUGAAACGGAAGCAGACUCCAAGCCCAGCAAGACUGUGGCCAGGGGCGCAGCCCUGGAGACAGCCAGCCUGUCCCCCAGCCUGGUCCCUGCCCCACAGCCCACCCUCUCCCUGCUCUGCGAAGAUACUGCCGACACACUGAGCGUCGAGUCCCUGACCCUGGUUCCCCCCGUCGACCCCCACAGCCUCCGCACCCUCACCAGCAUCCCCCCAUCGCCCACUCCAGUCACAGUGUGCACAGGGCCCCCAGGUGAAGACCCUGCGUGUACAGAGCCUGCAGACCCCACCAGCCACUGAGUGGUGCUGGGGCCUCGCUUUGUGUGUUUGGCCCCACUGGCAAGGACCCCAGUGCAGCUGAUUAGCAAGACACAUCAGGAACAGCAACCAUCUCAGCUACCUGUCCUUGUGCCUCUCGAGUUGGAGGAAGACCGUGCUCCAUUUGAAUCUUCAAAAGCAGGCUGGGGCCAAUGGACACCCCUCCCAGCGAGUCCUGAGGAUGGUGGUGGUUGCCUCAGGGAGGAGGGUGGGGCCUUGUCUCUGAGCCAGCUGGAGUAGCAGGACCCAUGGGUGCCUCUCCCUUCAGACCACUCCUCUGUCACCAUCCCCAGCACACUGAAGACUUGGGCCAGGUCACUUUAGGGAGGAUUUGUAGAGAUGUGAACUUAGAUAAUACAUUUCCUUUGGAUAUUUAUUUCUGCUUUUGGCAACAGAUGACAAGCGUUUCUUUAAAAAGCAUCUAUUUAAAAAAAAAAAAAAAGAGUCCAAAAAACUCCUCAGCUCUAAGCUUUGAUGUCAUGUUAAAAGUAUAAUAACAAUGUUGAGAUUUCACUUUCAUUUUCAGUCUCUCUCUCACCCUUCCCAGUGUUCACUUUCAGACUGCUCAGUGUGGCUUUCUCCAUUUAUUCAAGUGAUUUUUAUUUCUUUGUUAUUUAGUAACUCUGCAAGCUUGUGGAAUGAAAAAGUACCUUCCUGGAAAUUUUAUUUUUUAAAUAAAAAUAAGCAGGAUACAUGUAUUCUCAGGUACACACAGAGCUGAGAGGGCCACAAGUUUCUCUCCUGUUGCAGCCGAGAGGGUGUUGCCUGUAGGAGGUCUCCCGCGGAAGAGGAGGACACAGCCAGCCCCCCACUCAGGACAUGCUGUGUUCCUCUCUUUACAAAAGUCAGACGGGGACAGCAUCCAGCAUCGUCUUCAGUGUUGCCAUCUUUUUUUCCAAGAAAGAACCACAGCCACUUGCAGCCAUGAUGGAAGAAGAUAAAGGCAGCUGGCCCGCCCGCCCCCAUGUGUGGGGCCCAAGAGACGCCCAGAACCAGCACCCUCCCCAGCCUCAAGGGACAUGUCCUAAGAGAGACUCUGAGUCUGUCACCUCUUCCUUCCACUACUGCUGCUCCUCUUAACAUGACAACCCACAGGUCCCUUCUUCGUGUGUGCCAGGUGUGAACAGGCUGGGAUGCAGGUGUAUCUGCUGCAGCACCCAAGAUGGUCCUUUCUGCCUGGCCAGCUUGGUAGCUGGACAUGGCUGAGCGAUCCCCACCUCUCUGGUCAAUGGUAAGACCUUCCUCACCUUUCUUCCAGAUACGCCCACAGAUAUGUCUGUCCACCAGGAGUGUUAGCAUGCAGAGUGUCAGAGUCUGCCAAAGGCUGGCAUUAAGGUGGCCCUAGGAGGCACCCCAAGAUCUCACCAUCUGCCUAUUAGAGGAACUCAGUUCUUACCACCUCCGUCAAACAGCUGCCCUGCCAGGGCCUGCCAAGGCCAGCUUCAAUCUCCUGAAGGAAACAGUGGUUCUGCCAAGAAGGGGCAGUGGCACCCUGGGACAGGUCUCACCAGGCAUCAGAAGCCCCCUGGGUGGGUGUGACACCAGUGUUCACAGCCAUAGGCAUGAGGACCUUCGGCCUUCAACCGAGAAAAGAUGAAAGGGGCCAUGUGGGCAGAGAUUCCAAAGAAGGACAAGCCAUGACCAUCAGCAGAGCCCCUGGGGAGGGAAUAAAGAUGAGGCAGAGAAGGGCAAAGGCACCAAGGAGGAAGGACCCUAGUAUUGGGAUCUGGGUACCCUGUGCCCUGGCAGCCAGCCCACGUUUUGUAGGAGGGUGGAGCUCAUCGUGAGCUGGCCCACCCAGAGCCAUGCGCUUGUGGUUUUGAAAUUAUUCUGUCUUUGGGUUGGCAGAAAUGAGAGAAGGCAAGUGACUCCCCUGCCCAGCAGCACGACCAUAGCUCACUAAACACACCAUGUGGGUGGGCCCAGGCCCUCCCGGACCUGCCACUAGACACCCAGCUGGCCUUGUUGCCACCGAGCACUGCAGAAGAGAGGCCUUGGGCAAGGACUGGACAGCAUCCCAGAAGAACCAUGCCCUGGACCAGAGAAAGCCUGACCUCCAGGAGGGCUUGUGAGGCCAUUCCCAGGAACCUCUUUGAGCUGAGGGCUGGCCCCUGCCUCAGCACACCAGCGGGUGUGUAGGGUGGGGCUUCCAUUUAACCAGGAGCUCCCUGAUACUUGUCAUGUGCCAGGAGGUCCGAGAGCUCAGAGGAAGCAGACGGCCCUAUGGCUCUGAAGGAUCCCACCUCGCCCAGGCGCCGCUGUGUCUCAAGUACCUUGCAAACCUAACAACUAGGGCACUCCCAGACUGGCCUCCCCAGACAGGUCAUACUGGGUCUCUGGCAUGGGACAGCAAGAGCUAGAGCGUGGGCCAUGCCUCCCACAUGUAGGCCAUGGAUGUCUGGGGCGGGCCUCCCUGCAAACCCCUCCGGCCCACCACCUUUGAGUCCCUGCAGAGGGCACUUGUGGCCUGGACCCUGCCCCUCACAAGUCCACCAUUGGCCCACUAGGUGUGCCAUGUCAGGUUGGCCCCAUAGACCACCCACCCCAAACCUUGGCUUUGAAGAACCUCUUUCUGGUUUGGAGGCGCAGGCAGGUAGGCACCACUCCCAGCAGGUCUAGGCGAGGAGGGGUCCUGUGAGCAGGCCGGCAUCCUCUGCGCAGGGCUCGACACUUGUGUUAACAAGUGAUCCAGGGGCUAAGGGAGGAAACACCCAUGACGUGUGCUGAACUUCUCUGAGAUGCACCGCCCUAAAGAGGCAUGGAGUGAACUGAUUUUGAUCUUCUUGUCUAGAUGCAAUAAAUAUGGAAUACUUAAGGUUGUCAGUUGACAUGGGCAUAAACUGUACUGAUCCUUACGUUCCUCUGAGCUAAAAAUAUGUACAUAAUUUUUGUCCCAGGGAGGGGGAGGAGCAGGAGGGUAGGAGAGGUUGAUGCUUCUGAGCCUUGGGCCCAUUCUAGGGAAGAACCUGCUUUUGCCAGCGUGACUCAUGCUUUGUGGAUACAGAACACGAGGGUGGAAAUGAAACUGGAACUUCCUUGUAAAUUGAACUUGGCAAUAAAAGAGAAAAAUGUUACCAAGA